AUGCGUUUCGCUGCCCCCGCUGCUCUCGCCAUCGUUGCCUUCGCUGGCUUCGCCUCUGCCGUCCCCGUUGAGAAGCGCGCGGACUCUGACCUCGUCAAGAUUGGCAAGGCCGUUAAGACCUUGGAGGAUGCCCUCGGCGUGACGGACAUCGACGCCCUGCUUGACAAGGCCACCGGCGGCGCUGUUACCGCUCUGGAGGACAAGCUCGGCAUCACUUCGCUGGAGGAGGCUAUCGGCCUCGCUAAGCGUGCCGACUCCGACCUCGUGAAGAUCGGCAAGGCCGUCAAGACCCUGGAGGAUGCUCUUGGCGUCACGGACAUCGAUGCUCUGCUCGACAAGGCAACCGGCGGAGCCGUCACUGCUCUCGAAGACAAGCUGGGCGUCACCUCUCUCGAAGAGGCCCUGGGUCUUGCCAAGCGCUCCGGAGACCUCCAACUGAUCGGCUCCGCCGUCAAGACCCUUGAGGAUGCUCUUGGCGUGACGGACCUCGAUGCCCUGCUCGACAAGGCGACCGGUGGCGCCGUCACCAAGCUCGAGGACAAGCUCGGCGUCACGGAUCUCGAGGAGGGCAUCGGCGCAGCUAAGCGAGCGGCCCCCGGCGACAUCCAAAAGAUUGGAAACGCUGUGAAGCUCCUCGAGGAUGCUCUCGGAGUCACGGACAUUGACGCUCUGCUCGACAAGGCGACUGGAGGUGCCGUCACCGCUCUGGAGGACAAGCUCGGCGUCACUGACCUUGAGAAGGCCAUUGGCGCUGCAUAA